CACCACUCUCCACUCACUAUCCUCUCUCAAAAAUGGAAAGAAACACUCCUUCAAUACCAUUUCUCUUCACUAUUUUCUUCACCCUUCACCUUACUAAUUCUCUUGAAUAUCAAUCACUUACCUUACAUUCUCUCCCUCAACCUCAACCUCAAUCCCUCUCAUGGUCUACUCAAGAACUAGAACAACAAAAUUUUGACGAAAAUACCCUUUCUGUACAAUUACACCAUGUAGACUUACUCUCACUUUCAUCCUUUAACACCACAUCACAUGCAUUGUUCAAACUCCGUCUUAAACGUGACGCCGUUAGAGCAAAAUCUAUCUCCACCCUUGCUGCUGCGGUUGCUAAUGCUAACGGCACCGUUAAGGGCUUUAGUAGCUCUGUUAUCUCUGGUCUUUCUCAGGGUAGCGGCGAGUACUUCACACGUAUCGGCAUAGGUACUCCUCCCAAGUAUGCUUACUUAGUUCUCGACACCGGAAGCGACAUCGUUUGGAUCCAAUGUUCGCCUUGCAAAAAAUGCUACUCACAAUCCGACCCGGUUUUUGACCCGACAAAAUCCUCCUCCUUCACUUCUCUGUCCUGCGAUUCUCCGUUGUGUCGCCGGCUCGACUCGCCCGGCUGCAACAACCACAACAAAUGUCUCUACCAAGUCGCUUACGGCGACGGUUCUUUCACCGUAGGCGAAUUCUCAACGGAAAGUUUCAUGUUCAGAAAGACGAGCAUUAACGACAUUGCCUUUGGUUGCGGUCAUGAUAAUGAGGGUUUGUUUGUUGGAGCAGCUGGUUUAUUAGGUUUAGGUAAAGGGAAGUUAUCAUUUCCGGGUCAAGCCGGUACCCGGUUCGGUGAAAAAUUCUCUUACUGCCUCGCGGACCGGACAGGUUCGGCUUCAUCCAAACCAUCCUACAUUGUUUUCGGGGAAUCAGCUGUUACGAAAAAUACCAUUUUUACCCCUCUCCUCACAAACCCAAAGCUCGACACAUUUUAUUACGUCGAGCUCACGGGGAUCAGUGUCGGAGGUACUAAAGUACCUGCGAUCACCCCAGAGCUGUUCAAACUCAACGCUUACGGUAAUGGUGGUGUCAUUGUUGAUUCGGGUACAUCAGUGACCCGGUUGACCCGACCCGGUUAUAUAGCAGUGAGGGAUGCUUUUAGAUUGGGUGCUAAGGAUUUAAAAAGAGCACCGGAGUUCUCGUUGUUCGACACGUGUUAUGAUAUGAGUGGCAAAACGGAAGUGAAGGUACCAACAUUGGUGUUACAUUUUAAAGGAGGUGACGUGGCGUUGCCAGCGAGUAAUUAUUUGAUACCUGUGAGCAGUGAUGGGAGGUUUUGUUUCGGGUUUGCGGGUACGAAUAGCGGGUUGUCUAUUAUUGGGAAUAUUCAACAACAGGGUUUUCGGGUCGUGUUUGAUGUUGCGGGUUCUCGGUUAGGGUUUGCUCCUCGCGGCUGUUCUUAGUGGGCGUUUGGACGUAAAAAUUACGAAAUUUGGAAAAAUGUAGUAUUUGUGUUAAGCUAAAAAUAAUAUUCGGAAAUUGACUUUGUGUUUGGAUAUGAAUACAAAUUGAAGUUGUUUUUGAAUUUUUGUGAGUGAUUUGGAGUGAAAGUUGUGAAAACAGCUCGGAAUUUUGAAAUAUUUCAAAAGAUGAAUUCUUGUAAACAA